AUGUGCGACGAUGAUCUAGCAACGAUUGUGAUUGACAAUGGCAGUGCAUACUCGACAGCUGGUUUAGCCGGUGAUGAUGCACCGCGAUCAGUGAUUGCAUCGAUUAUUGGUCGACCACGUUAUCAAAAUGCAAUGAUUGAGAUAGAAGAAAAUGAGUUUUAUGUUGGUAAUGCAGCGCUUUCCAAACGUCCAAUUCCAUCUUUUAAAUAUCCUAUUGAACAUGGUCUUGUUACGAAUUGGGAAGAUAUGGAAAAGAUUUGGUUUCAUAUAUUUAAUCAUGAGCUUCAAGUUUCUCCUGAAGAACGUCCUGUUCUCCUCACAGAAACAUCACUUCCUCCAAAAGUGCAUCGAGAAAAAAUGGCUCAAAUUAUGUUUGAAACAUUUCAUGCGAAAGGAUUUUACAUUCAUAAUCAAGCAGUAUUGGCACUUUAUGCAAAUGGUCGAACAACUGGUAUUGUUCUUGAUUCCGGCGAUGGAGUGACACAUGUUGUGCCAAUCUAUGAAGGUUAUUCGAUGCCACUUUAUAUCCAUCGAUCCAAUAUAGCUGGACGAGUUUUAACGAAUUAUUUAAUGACACUAUUGAACGAACGUGGUCACUAUUUUGUAACACCAUUUGAACAUCAUCUUGUUGAUGAUAUGAAAGAAAAACUCGCUUAUGUUUCAUUCAAUUUUCAUCAGGAUAUGAAUACGGCUCAAUUAGCGUCUUCAAUUGAGAAACACUAUGAAUUACCCGACGGACAAAUUGUUACUCUAGGAAAUGAACGAUUUCGAUGCGCUGAAGUUUUAUUUCAACCGAAUAUUCUUGAAAUGGGAUACGAAAGUCUUGGUAUUCAUCGAAUGAUCUAUAAUACCAUUCUGAAAUGUGAUAUUAACAUUCGUAGUAGUUUAUAUUCGAAUAUCAUUCUUUGCGGUGGUUCAACGAUGUUUCCUGGUAUUGUUGAACGUCUGAAAAAGGAAAUGGAAGCGUUGGCACCCUCAACAAUAGAAACGAAAAUCAUUGCACCACCAGAAAGAAAAUAUUCGACAUGGAUUGGUGGUUCGAUUCUAGCGUCGUUGUCAACCUUCCGACAAAUGUGGAUAUCGAAACAANAAAUAUGGACAAACAGCGAAUUGUAUCGCACAGAUAAAACCAGACUUAAGAGAAAUUUGUUUUUGUAA